AUGUUUGAGGACCCACCGCCGGCGUCCGAGGCUGCAUUCCCAAACUUCACCCCAACUUCUGUUGAAACAGAAGCUGAUGGAGAAAGACUGGGUGUGACAUUGUGGGACUCCGAAGGCCUCGAAAAGAAUGUGGUUGACCUGCAACUUAAAGAAUUGACCGCCUUUAUCGAGAGUAAAUUCGAAGACACCUUUACGGAAGAAAGUAAGGUUGCUCGUGCGCCAGGCUUCCGAGAUACCCACAUUCACUGUGUGUUUAUGCUUCUUGACCCAUCACGCCUUGAUGCUACAAUGGCAGCCGAUCAGAAAGCCAAGCGGGCGAAUGGUGCUAGAGCAAAUGCAAACUCUUUUGUCAAGUCACGCCCAGAGCCAAAUCCUGUUGGCUUGGACGCCGCGCUCGAUCUGAAUAUCCUCCGUGCGUUAAAAGACAAAACGACGGUCGUGCCGGUCAUCUCUAAAGCUGACACAAUCACUGCUGCGCAUAUGGCACACCUAAAACGUGCCGUAUGGGCAUCAUUGAAACAAGCAGGUCUCGAUAGUCUAGAGGCGCUUGAUAAAGACGGUGGGGACGACCAAUCGGAGACCUCAACGGAGCAAGGCGACCAGAGACGCGAUCUUGACGAAAGGGACGAAGACAAUCACCUUAACAAGAACAGAGCAAACGGGGGCAUCGAUGGCAAGGACGCUGAUAAAUUCUCAAUGACUUCAGUACUGGACUCUCCAUCAAGUUCUGAAUCAUUUACCAGCGCCGACCUUAACGUUGCAAAGCCCGGUAAGCCGAGGAACGGGAGCAUUGGCUCUUCAUCCUCAUCUGAGGCAUCACCAGCGUCGGAAGAGCACUUACUGCCAUUCUCAAUCAUUUCACCGGAUCCAUACGAACCCACUUUAGGCGGUAGAAAGUUCCCAUGGGGCUUUGCCGACCCACUUAACCCAGAGCAUUGCGAUUUUACAAAGCUCAAGCAAGCUGUCUUUAGAGAAUGGCAACCAGAUCUUCGAGAGGCCAGCAAGGAACUAUGGUACGAGGGUUGGAGGACGAGCAGACUCAACAAAAAAUCCAAGAGGAACGCAAUGAGCUUAGAAGGAAAAGUAGUACAGCAGCGAGCUUGGACGGGGCAGACUCCGACAAGGUCGUUCAGCAGCCAACCGUGGAGGGAGUAA